CCUCAACGUGAAAAGUGAGGUCCAAUGCUACAAACUCCAUCACCUUUGUUUACACCCCUCCCCCCUCCCCCCCACCAAAAAAAAAUCAUGAAUCUUAUCUAGCUGUCUAUCUAUCUAUUUAAUAAGCAAAGUGAUGGGGCGAAAUUGAGUUUUCAAAUAGCAACAAUUGGUACCAACUACCAAUUAUCGGUUUCUUGCUCUCAUCAUCCAAUGAAAUUGUUGUCUGUCACCAUCAAGAUAGUCUUGUAAUCCUGAAGAAAAAAUAUAAACUGUAAUGAAAUGGUUCAUUUCAGUGCUUAGUUUGUAGCUAGCACACACACCUUGAAGCUUUAGAUUUUGGAUCAAGAAAGAAGUUUCAAAUGGAUGUAAAGCUCCCACUUUGCAGCCUCCUCACUCUACUGGCAGUUAUCAAUGGGAAUGGAUUGAACAAAAUGGAUAUGAGAAUUGAGCAAGUUCAUUCAGCAUCACCCCACAUGCAUCACCACAUGGAUCCUACACUCGUAGUCUUCUUCUUCCAAGAGGAUCUCAAGGUAGGAAACACCAUUCCCAUCCACUUCCCGAGCAGAGACCUAAACUCGGUCUCUGCUCGUCUACUCCCAAAGGAGGAAGCCGAUUCCAUUCCCUUCUCAUCCCACCAGCUCGACCACUUGCUCGACCUCUACUCCUUCCCCCGGGGCUCACCUCAAGCCACUGCCAUGGAGGACACCCUCCGGCAGUGUGAGACGAAGCCCGUCAAGGGGGAGACCAAGACCUGCCCGACAUCUUGGGACUCGAUGCUUGAUUUUGCCACAAGCAUCCUCGGCUCCAGCAACGAGAUCAGGGUCCUCGCCACCACUCACAUCACGCGAGCCAGUGGCGUCUUACAGAAGUAUACGAUCACGGGGAUCGAGGAAUAUCCGGCCUCAAAGGUUGUGGCAUGCCAUACCAUGCCUUACCCUUAUGUUGUUUUCUACUGCCAUUACCAGGAGAGCCAGAGCAGGGUGUUCCGCGUUUCACUUACCGGAGAGAAUGGUGAUCGGGUUGAGGCCGUUGCAGUCUGCCAUAUGGACACUUCGCAGUGGAGCCCCAACCAUGUCUCCUUCAAGGUGCUCGGAGUCGAGCCGGGCUUCUCCCCCGUGUGCCAUUUCUUUCCAGCUGAUAAUUUCGUCGUCGUUCCUUGAGCUGCUUAGUUAAUAGUUGGAAAGGGAGCGUCUUAUCAACUAAGCUACACUUUCGUUGUCGUGUAUUAUUUUUGUUCUUCGGGUUAUUUAUCUGUAUUCAAUGACCUUCAAUAAAGUUUGGUGAGAGUAAUCCAAGAGAGAACAUGUAUCUAAUAAUUGUUUCUUACUAAUAUUCAAUCUCGUCUAUUGAUUAAAAGGAAGAUAAAUUGAUUUCA